UGUAUUUCCAUACCAAAUACGCCAUUUUUAACCUGUCCCCCCACCCUAAAACUAUGCAUUAAGUGCAAACGGAAAGCGAAAAUUCAUUGCAAAAAAGUAAAAUAAUGUCGGGAAUUGGGUUCUAAUUAAUAUUCCCUCCAAAUCCAAAUCUCCCCUUUUAUUGGAAACCCCAAAAUUUCAGCUUUUUCUUUUUCUUUUCUUUGAAACCAACAAAUUUAAAGAAAAUUUGGAUUUUGUUCCGUUAUGUUUUGUUGCAUUUGCAUCUUGCAGUUUCAGAUGCAUUCUUCUGUUUGAAGUAGAACCCGCAUCUUGAUUUGACUGAUUAUUUGUAUAAUUUUCUUUAUAAAAUAAAGGAAGUCCAAUUUUUAUUUAUCUAUUAAUUUGUGGUUGGGGAAAUGUUUGCAUAAAUGAUCUGGGGUUUUGUGGGCUUCAAGAUUUGGGUUGACUUUUUGGGAUUUUGCUUAUUGAAGUUUCCGGUUUAGUAGAUUAAUUCUUGGUGGCCUGCAAAAAAUAUAGCUAAAAUAAUCUUUAAAAAAUUAAGAUUCAGUUUUGGUGAAGUAUUUGAAACAGAAAAAUGGCAGAAGCGGCAAAAGUAAGGCUGGUGCGUUGCCCCAAGUGUGAAAAUCUCCUCCCUGAGCUCCCAGAUUACUCUCUUUACCAGUGUGGUGGCUGCGGUGCUGUUCUCAAAGCUAAAGAGAACGGGCUUAUGGAAGAUGGAUUGUCAGAGAUAUCUGAUGAUGUGAAAGUUGUAGAAAUUUCUGAGAAAGGUAGUAUGCUUAAUGUUUCUGAGGUGGGCGUUGAAAGUAGUGUGGGAAUCGAACAUAAUAGAGCAAAUGAGAGAAAUGAUAUCGACGGAAUGGUUUUAAAUGGUAGUCCCAAAAGAGGAACAGAAAAUAAGGAAGUACCAUUCAAUUUCCUUGCGAAUAGAAAAGAAGGAGAAAGAACUAGAAGAGCAGAUUAUUUUGAUGAUGAGUACAGCUCUUCUGCAGAGGGUAUGAUUAAUGAUAGGAAUCAGGGUAAAGAGAGUGGCAUGGACAUGAAAAAGCCAGUAUAUUCGAAUUUUCAUAGUGAAAAUGAGCUUGAUGAAAUUGGGCCUCCAAUGAGAUCAUUGAGAUCUAGGCCUGCUCUGGACACGUGGGGCGUGGAAAGAAAUCAAUCGGUGGCUUCUUCAGCAAAUGCCAGAAUUGUAGCCCCACAUGGGAGGUUUGAUAGUUCUCUGUAUCGUGGUGAGAGACCGUCGAGCUAUGACAUGGACUCUUAUUAUAGAUAUGGUGAGAGGAUGAGAUAUCGGGAUCAUGAUGUGGAUGGGCUUACUAGAGUUGAAAAUUUAGAGAAUGAUCGAGCUGAGCUUCUAAGGAAACUUGAUGAAUUGAAGGAUCAACUAACUAGAUCUUGUGAUUUAGCAGAAAAACCUAAUGAUAGACUUGGUACUGAUAGAAGGAUGCCUCCAACUCCACCCAAUCCAUAUGGUAGACAUCAUGCUGAUUACGUGCAAGAUGGCUUGGCUAGUUUGCAUGGUGUUAAUCAGCAACCCCUUGGUCCCAAUGAUUUGAAAACCCUGUAUUCAAGUUACGAUCGUGGACGCAUUCCUCACAUGGAUAAAUUUGGUUCAACAAUGCAAGACUCGUAUCCUCAAAGGAACUUCCCACCCGAGUUCUUGGGUUAUGGUGAUGUUUAUCAACCAGAAAUGCUCCGUAGGCCUACUAGUCAGCUGCCAUCUAAAUUUUUGCAACAGCCAUCUCAUGAGAACCGUCCAGGUCACUACAUGGAUAUCAAUCGCAACCUUUUCGCGUCACAUCCACAUGAAACCUUUUUUCACCAGCCUGCAUGUUCUUGUGUGCAAUGCUUUAACAAUAACUGGCAUUUGCCUCCAAAAAUUCAUCAAAGGUCUCUAGACGACCCCAAUCUUCUAUACUAUCCGAAUCCUGUUUUGCAACGUCACCAAGGUUAUAGAUCUGAGGGGUCCAAUUCUCAUCAAAUGCACUCUCGACAGCCCCUAACAAUGAGUUCAAAUGAUGCUGAUUUAGAAAAUGGCGGUUUAAUAUACCACCGUCCUAAAAAGUCAGUGGUAGCUCAUGGGAGUGGACGAACAUGCUUUCCCAUUGCAGGGGGUGCCCCUUUCAUAAUAUGCUGUAACUGCUUUGAGUUACUGAAACUGCAGAGAAAGCACAUCUCAAUGGUAAAUAACCAACAGAAAAUAAAAUGUGGAGCUUGUUCUUCGAUAAUCUUGUUUGAGCUUGGGAACAAUGGGAUUAUUAUUUCAAUUCUUCCAAACAUUGAUCAAGUUCAAAUUGAGACCGACAAUGGUUCUACUGGGACACUUGAUGAAAAUUUAAAUUAUUUGCAUGGCAAUUGUGGUGAAAAUGCUGUUGAUAUGGACCCCUGUUUUAAUGUUUAUGACGACUCCGAACCCAAGUACUCUCCAAGAGACAAGAAGUCACAUUCUAGCGAGUCUGGGAAGCGGCAGGACCCUCUUUCUCUAUCUUCCAGUUUCUCUGAGAGUGAGCAGAGACUGGACACUGUAAAUGCUAGAAAGGAUGUUUCUCCUGCUGCUGAGUUGCCUUUUAAAGAAGUCAGGUCUUGCCCAGUUCCUGAUUCACUUCGCCAGGAAUGUCCUGAUCAUUCUUCUGCUAAUAAUAUGGUCAGUCGGUAUGAAAAGGGUAACAAAAGUAAACGGUCCGAGAAGGAGAAGGUUGGCCUUGAUAAGCUUACGUCUCGACAGAAUUCUGUAAAAGAUGCACCAGUGGCAACUGAGAUGGAUGUAUCAUUGAAUGAAUUUUCAAAUAGCUAUGUAUCACAGGACUCAAUGGACACAAAUAAAGAAGAUCAGCCAAGAAUCAAUAAAGGGGGUGAGUCGUUCUUUGUGGGUCUCAUCAAAAAGAGCUUCAGAGACUUCUCAAAGUCUAAUCAAAAUGUAGAGGAUGGAAGAUCACAGGUUUUUGUCAAUGAGCAUUUUAUACCAGAUCGUUUAGUUAAGAAGGCUGAAAAGCUAGCUGGACCCAUUCAACCUGGAGCGUACUGGUAUGACAUUCAAGCUGGAUUUUGGGGUGUGAUGGGACAUCCUUGCCUUGGGAUUAUCAUGCCAAAUAUUGAGGAAUUCGAUUACCCUAUGCCAGAAAAUUGUGGUGCUGGAAACACGGGGGUUUUUGUAAAUGGGCGUGAACUUCACCAGAAAGAUUUAGAUUUACUUGCUAGCAGAGGUCUUCCUAUCACAAGACAUGGAUCUUAUAUUGUUGAAAUUUCUGGGAAAGUAGUGGAUGAGCACACCGGUGAAGAACUAGAUGGCCUUGGCAAACUUGCCCCGACGGUCGAGAGAGAGAAGCGGGGAUUUGGUAUGAAAGUUCCCAGGUUUCUUGCGCGAUUGCAGCACUAGUUGCAGAUGCUCGAUGAAGGAAUGAUUAUAUUCAGGCAAGUGCUUGAUUUUCCGAGGACUUGAUUCGAUGGUUACAUUCUAUGCAAAGUGGUACAUGUUGUGAAAACUCGUUUGUUACUUGCUGUAUUUGAAAAUUUUCAUUCUUAUAGUUGUUUCCAUGUUUUGGAUCAUUCAUCAGUUAGCAAGUACUUUGAUUGUUUUUGCUUUGCUAGAGAAAGUGCAAUGGCAUGAAAACCCAUGAUCUUGUUAAUUUGGUUUUGGUUUU